AUGGUGAUGAGGGCGCAUCUUCCUCUUUUGAGUCGUGCUUCAACGCUGGCAUUCAACCAGCCAGCGCCGAAUAGCACAUUUUUCGGCCAACGGAGGCAAAAAAUACUCGAGGACUUGCAGGAGAACAAAAACGACAAAAGCCUUGCGGGUCGUGUGGACCCUCAAGUGGCUCCUUUAGUGCAGUUCAUCAAUGAACACUUUAGUUGCUAUGUGACGUCCAGCUCCUGUUCCGGUAGGGUAUCACUCUUUCAUAAAGGUCAACUAUCCGCCGGCUGCCCCAUAAACCCACUAGCAGAGGCGAAAGUCUUAAAGGCUGAUGCCAAUGCUGAUAUGCACAACCGAAAACGUGGCGCCUUUGGUCAGGGAGCAUUGUUUCAAUCACACGAUCCAAUCCCUAAUGUGGAGGAGAUGGUCACGCAGCGCCUGGUACCUGUCUUGGGGUCCUUUGAGGAAUGGCGGAGUCGACAACUCCAACUGGAGGGGGGACUCAAGUUAAUGCAGGAAAAGAAGUAUUUCGACUCACUACUGCACGAGACGGAACUUCUGGAGUUGAAGUUCGAACCAAUGAUUGUUCAUGUUCAGUGCGAGACUCUUGAUGAUGCCGCGCGGUUGCUUCAAUGCGCCAAUGAGAGUGGGCAAAUGGAGAGUGGAAUACUGUCGUGCUCGCGGGGGGCGAACGAGCAGAGGAAAAUUACAUGCUGCAUCACAUCGUCAUUGCGCGUGGCGCUUCCUUUGUUUGCCCAGGGUUGCUGGCUGUUGGGGCACCCAAAGUUUGACUCUGCGGAGUGGCGUUCACUCCUGACAAAUGCAUUAGUGCACAUGAAUGUUUUGUUUGGAGUGAAUGAGCAAAGGCGCGGACGGUUUCUGGAGAAACUUCAGAAGCGACUUCUGUAA